AUGAUUCCUUUAAAUGUAUUUGAUAUUUCCUUUCUUUCAAUAAAUUCAUUUGUAAUCGUGUUUUUGAACCAUCAGGACGCUGUAUUACAACCUGAAAUUUUAGUUUAUUUUUACAAUAUUCGCUUAGUUAUCAAGCGCCCUGAUGUAGAAUCACUAAUAAGAACAUGGUCACCUUUAGCGAACCAUUGUCCAUGGUAUAGGAAACGAUCACCUGCAGCAUAUAUAUCACUGUCUGUUUCUUCAAGGAAUGUAUUGUUGUCACCAUCCAGAAAUGGACCAGUUAUAGUAUUUAUCUUAGGUGAUGAAGAUGAAGAUAAAGCAGCAACAGCUAUGAUUAUUCAGUACAUAGCAAGUAUUAGAUCUUCUUCAAUUUCGGCGUUAUGCAACGAAUCUAACGUUAAAGGCCUAAUUCUGGUCGUGGAAGAGUCGAUUAGUUUUGAUAAUUCUUCACUAUGGACAUUCCUUAAGUAA